AUGGACAACCACAAGAGCAUUCCUCUACCUCCACAACCUCCAGAAUUGGUCCAACCUCCUAACCAAGCACAAGUGGCCACGCCCACAGUUGGAGAUUGUGAUGUUCUUCAUUAUGAUGGGUUUAGUUAUGGAAUCCAUCCUCCACCCAUUGAAGCCCACGCCUAUGAGAUCAAGCCAAGUUUGAUAAGGUUGAUUCAAAGCUCUAAGUUCUUGGGAAAUGGACUGGAGAAUCCUUAUGAUCACUUGGACUACUUUGAUAGGUUGUGUAGCACGUUUAGGAUCUGUGGUGUUCCUAAAGAUAGUAUCAAGCUCAUCUUGUUUCCAUUCUCACUUGGAGGAAAGGCAAGCCAAUGGGAGAGAGCCAUACCAUCUCAUUUGGUCAAUUCUUGGGAUGAUUGCAAGAGAGUCUUCCUUCUAAGGUUCUAUCCCAUACAAAGAACACACCAAAUGAGGAGAAGCAUCUUGAGCUUCCAACAAGGCAGCCAUGAAACCUUUCAUGAGGCAUGGGAAAGGUUGAGAGGAUACACUAGGGAUUGUUCACAUCAUGGGUUUACAAGAGAAGCUAUACUUAGCCAUUUCCAAUCCCCAAAGAGAGUUUGUAUGAAGACUUCAAGUGGACAGCUUUGCAAGAUAAGUUGGAUAGAUUGGAAAAGCUCCUAA